AUGGCCGUCUCUGUUUCCGAAUAUAUAUAUCCCCCGCCUAUUGGCUCUAGCGCGGCAUUCUACAAUCGAUGUCACUGGGUAUCGUAUCGGCUCAACAUGUAUGCGAGAGACGGCGGCGGCGAGGGCGCCGGACGGGGCGAUCUGGUCAAGCGAGACGCCGACGGCCUGCUGAUCUUCUGGAUCGUCGCGGGCAUCGGCAUCGCCAUCUCAAUAGCAAUGUUCUGUUGCAUCUACUUUAAUGGCAGGAAACGACGCGGCCGCGGGGGCAGAAGCCACGGCGGCGGCCAUCAGAGCGGCGGUCGAGCCGGCGGUGGCGGCGGCGGUGGCGGCGGCGGCGGGAUUUCUGCGAGCGUCAACCCGGGCCGAUAUCCCAGGCACCACGCCCUUCGCAAAAACAACAGCCAGACGCCCGCCGCCAUGGCUAUAGACGCGCCGCUCAGCGGACUCUCCCCAGGCGGAGGGGAUGACUGCGGAGGAGGAGGAGCAGCGGUGGCGCCCCCGAACUGGACAUGGUUCGGCCUCGGCUUCGCCUGCGGAUACGGCACCUUCGUGGUGAUGCUGGGUCUGUUCCUGGGCCGCCAGAUGACGAAGCUGCCGUGGCUGUGGGAGGUGGAAAUCGCCAAGCGGAGGCGCGAGGCGGAAGCAGAGGCGGCGGCGGCGGCGGCGGCGGCGGCGGCGACAACUCGCGUGCCUCCUCCUCCACCAGCAACGUCGGUGAGCCUGUCGGAUCCCUACCACGCGUAA